AGACACAUCUUGUUUAUGAGGUUAUUCCUGACUAAAAUUCUCUCACUGCUCUCCAGAAAAAGGAAUGUGUUACUUUGGAUAAACACAAACUGCCGAAAAAAAGACGUACGUCAUUUCUGAGAUCAAUGCGCAUGUCAUAUGGCGAGUGACAUUGAAACACAAGUUGUGUAAAGUUGUUCAAACAUGUGUAAAGGAACUGAAAAAGAUACAUGAAAGAGAUGCAUGGAAAUGUGCCAAAUUCUUCUGAAAAUACAAAAUAUUAAUCGAUUCCAGCAUUGGGAUUGUGACAUAAUGUGGAAUAUAGAUGUACGUGAGUCUUUGUGAGAUCACGUGGUUCUACAUGCUUCGUGGGAUAAAGAUCUUCUAGAUUAUGUAGAUGGCAUUUUGAUGAGGAAGGGCAAAAGAAGGGUCUUUAGCAGCCUUGAUGUUCAUUUUACUAAUGAUAGAGGUUUUUGCCAUAUUAAGACUGAGGAGUGUGAAAUAGCAAAAGCCAACACUGAUUCAUGUUCUGCAUCUAAAAUUACUGUACAGAGUGUUGAAAACUGUCCAACCGGUGAGCAAGAAUGGAUAGAAGCUUCUCGAAGGAAGAACUGCUCAGCUUUUGCCAGCCAAUGCGAUGAUCCUGACAAGUUUGUGUACCACUGUGUGAUAAGUUCAUCUCGAAAUGGAAUAUUGGAAGCUUGUGCAUAUAAAAAGAUUAUUGUUUUUGGAGUCUGUACUGAAUAUAGCUACAGUGCAAAUAGAAUUCAGCCAAGUUUGGGUGCAGCUUGCAACAACUUCACGGAAACACCAUGUCCAAGUGGAUAUCCCUCCAAUGAAGCAUACAAAUACUCUGGUUGCUAUGAACUCACAAAGAAGCCAACAACAGAAAACCCUACAACAAAGACUCCUUUUACCUCUGACACAACAGCAUUUACAGCGACAGUGUCUGUAUUUGAAGGGUCAGAAGUAAAUUCAGAAGAUAAAGAACGCAUUGUUUUCAUCAUGAUAGGAAUUCUUGUCGUCGUCCUUCUGUUAAUAGUACUUGCUGUUAUUAUGUACAGACGAUUUAGACAAAAAAGAGAACUUCAAGGUCUUCAACCACUUGCACUUGAUAAUAUUACAAGUUCUGAUGAGGAAAGCAAUCAGAGGAGAGCUAUUGAGGAGGGAACUUCUGAAGAGAGAAAAAAUUUAGUACCAUCUGGAAAACAUGCUCAUGCUGAAAAAGAAAAUAAAAUUGAAAAAGUUGAUGAAGAAGAGGCAGUUAUUCUGAUAAAGCCAGAUAAAGAAGAAACUGGGGAAAAUGACUGUGAAACACUAGUGAAUAUGCUUAGUGACAGACUAGAAAGAUUAGGAAUUCUUCAAUCUGAACAUAGCAGUGAAGACAAUAGUGAAAACAACAGUGAAUAUGAAAAAAAGAUGAAUAUGGUUGCAAGUAAAAUAUAUGAAGACUCGUCAGGCUUUUCGGAUGAAAACUAUGCAACAAUUCAUGAGCACAUAAUUCAGUUGGAGUCCCUUGAGAGGUAUUUCAAAAGACCAAAAAUGAAAGAAAAUGUAUAUUUACCACCAGAAUGAAAAUUUUGCAAAAAUUUCCGAGCAACUUAAGUGACAAUUUGUGUUAUCCCUUAAUGUUGUCAUGUUAUCCUUCUGUUAUACUAUCAUUCUAUAAUUCUAAUUAUUUUCAAUUAGUUUUGGUGACUUUUUAGCUGAUAUCUGAGAUAAAGGCUGAAUUGAGCUGUUCAGUUUAAAGAUGUGUCCAUUGUCUGCCUUUUACAUUUUUGUUGCUGUUAUCUUCGAAAAUUUUUAAUAAUUUCUUCAUCUGAAUUAGGACUUAGGACUACUACAACUUUGGCACACAUUAUCUUGAGGUACAUGUAAAAGGAUUCCCAAGAUUUUUCAAUAGAAAUGACACACUCUCUUUUUCCAGGAAAAAAAAAAAUUGGAAGUUGGAUUGACUGUCUGAAAAUCUACAUAAUAUUUCUAUUAAUGGGUCAGAAAAUGUCAAAUUUAUGUUGAAGUAUCUUUGGCUAGUUAAGGUUUGUCAAAUCAUGACCCAGCUGGGAUAGGGUGGGUUCUCAAUUGGUGAUCAAAAUAGUACAUAAAAAACCUGAGGGAAACAUUUUUGCAAUCUUCUUAGGGACAUUGUAAAGAGAUCUUUCUUUUUUGUUUUAAAGUUGAUAAAGAAAAUGAUACAA